AUGAGCAACAAGUUCAGUGCAAUUUGGAUGGAGUUUAUCCCGAAUCAUGACCUUGGGCAUCAUCUUUCUGAUGCAUCUAAAUCUGAAGUCCUUGAUUGGCCCAAACGUCUCCAAAUAAUUAUGGGAAUAUGCAAGGGCUUGGGCUUUCUUCACGGGAGAGAAAAACCUAUUCGCCAUCUGGAUUUAAAGCCAGCGAAUAUUUUGUUGGACAAGGACCUGACACCAAAAAUAGCAGAUUUCGGCUUGUCCAGAAUCUACAACGAUAAUAAAACACGCCUGACAAAAAGUUCUUACGGAACAGUGGAGUUUAUGCCACCGGAAUACCAAGAAUUUCCGUUCGAAAUCUCAAUGAAAUUUGACAUAUUCAGCCUUGGUGCUACAAUGAUAAAGAUAAUAACUGGACCAGAGGGUAACAUCAAAAGAGAUCAAACACCAGGCAAGGAAGAAUACAUUAAGAGGGUACGUACAUCGGCAUUUCCAUUGUACCUAGAUAUACAUAAUAUGUAUGUCAGUUUGUUCAUUCCUAGUGCAGACUAUUUCCUUUACUAUGCUCUACAUGGAUAG